AUGCGAUGGAUAUGCUUGGGCGUGUUUAUGAGCUUGCUGUUGUUCAUCGCGUUUCUAUUCCGGUUCACUAUCACCGGUUCCUCAUUUAGGCCUGUGCAGGUAGACUCGCUCGGACAGAAGCCAUUGCCGCCCUUGUGGGAAAGUUUCCCCUUUCUGAUGAGAUAUUAUGGUGGGAUAAAGACACUUGUAUCCAGGCAGGAUAAUGUCCCCGAAUAUCCGGGUGAUGGGAUGGCGGAGAAGAUUGUGGAUUCUCCAGCAGAUGCUACAAAGGGGAAUGAGAAGUCUGGCAAGAGAUCUGGGGCGAUGAAAAGCUUGAUCUUCAAUCCUUACCCUGAUUAUACGUCUGAAAGCUAUAUUGAGAAGUAUGGCGUCAAGAAUGACUGCUUUUUGGAUCCUGAUAAGAAAACGUCGAUUCCACCCGUACGCCAUUUCUCCGGAAUUCCUAAAGGCUUCCCUGAUGCUGUCUUGGGAUCUAAUAAGCUGUUGGGAAUAAAUGAUGAUGUUUGCUUUGAAAGAUUUGGUCGUCUUGGGCCGUAUGGCCUAGGCUAUGGCAUUGCUGCGGGGGGCACGGGUGGUGGUCUUGAAGGUGACAGAUCCGGGAUAGAUGAGGUGUGGCAUGAAAUCCCUAGCGUUGAUUUCCGGACCGUUAAAUGGGCCGAAGCGCAAGAGCGCUGUGCUGCAGCAAACAGUCAUCGAUUCCCUAAACUCGGACCUCCAAGGAUAGAUCGCUUCGCGGUUAUGCAAGCCGGCGCAUCGGCCGCCAGAGACCAGGCCACGGGGAGUUCCCCGCCGGGAGACAACAAGGAUUCUGCAAGUGCUAUUGCUGCCAAUAGCACAUCAACUCUUCCACGAUCUGCUCUUAUCAUCCGAACCUGGAGUGACUAUAACUAUAAUGAGGAAUCGAUUAUGAAUCUUCGUUCACUAAUCUCGGAAGUAUCAUUGCUGUCUGGAGGAGAAUAUACUGUUAUUUUCCUUAUCCAGGUAAAAGAUGACAACUUGCAAAUAUGGUCCGACAAUGAGACUUACAAUCGCGUGCUGGAGAACGCCCUCCCUCCAGAAUUCCGCGGAAUGGGCAUAUUGUGGUCGGAAAGACAAAUGGGGCUGUUGUAUGGCGGCCUGGAAGAGACAUUUGCACGAGACCUUCCCGUCCAUGGUGUCUAUAGGAGCAGCUUCAUGCCUGUCCAAUACUUUUCCCACCAGCACCCGGAAUACGAUUUCAUCUGGAAUUGGGAAAUGGAUGCCCGGUACACGGGCCACUGGUAUCACUUAUUCAAUCAAGUGAGUAAGUGGGCGAAACAACAACCACGUAAGGGCCUCUGGGAACGUAGUUCACGAUUCUACAUUCCAUCCGUUCACGGAUCUUGGGAAGACUUCCGUCAAAUGGUCCGUGUGCAAACCGAGAUUGGAACGGGCAGCCCCAAUAACAUAUGGGCGACUCCUCUUGACAAGAAGCGGCAAUCAGAGUUCAAAGGCGAGAAGCCAAUCUGGGGCCCGCAGCGACCACACGAACAGGACAUUUUAGAGACCGACGGUGAAGGCAUACCCCCUACCACCUACGAAAAUGACAGAUACGAGUGGGGUGUUGGCGAGGAUGCCGAUUUGAUUGUAUUUAACCCUAUUUUCGACCCCGAAGGCACCACUUGGCUCCUUCGCGACGAUGUGACUGGAUUUAACAAGACAGAGGGUUUGCCCCCGCGUCGCGCUGCUAUCAUCACCGCCUCGCGAUUAUCACGAAAACUCCUCGCCACAAUGCACCGUGAGACAAGCAUGAAACGCCACACGAUGUUUUCGGAAAUGUGGCCCGCCACAACGGCUCUCCAUCACGGCCUGAAAGCCGUUUACGCACCUCACUCUGCAUACAUCGACCGCCAGUGGCCUAUCAAGUAUCUUGAAUCAACGUUCAAUGCGGGCCGCAAUGGCGCGACCGGAGCAUCCAAAAUAUCUGUCUUUGGCGACCGGGAACACAAUUUCAGAGGCACAACAUGGUAUUAUUCUGCAGGCCAUUCGUCGAAUCUCUGGCGUCGCUGGUUUGGAUAUAAAGUCGAUGGCGUCGGUGGAGAGGAAUACGAACUUGCGACUGAGGGGAGGAUGUGUUUGCCUCCCAUGUUGUUGCAUCCUAUCAAGGACGUUGAGAUGAUUAUUGAGAGUGUGGAUCGUUGA